GCGCCGGGUCAGUGUGAUGGCGGCGGUAGCGGCUGCGAAACCGACCUCUCGGCGCGUGGGCUUCGUGGGCGCGGGCCGCAUGGCGGAGGCCAUCGCGCAGGGCCUCAUCCGAGCAGGGAAAGUGGAAGCCCAGCAGGUGCUGGCCAGUGCCCCGACGGACAGGAACCUCUGUCACUUCCGGGCUCUGGGCUGCCAGACCACCCACUCCAACCAGGAGGUGCUUCAGAGCUGCUCACUCGUCUUCUUCGCCACCAAGCCCCACGUCUUGCCAGCCGUCCUGGCAGAGGUGGCCCCUGUGGUCACCGCUGAGCACAUCCUGGUGUCUGUGGCUGCCGGGGUCUCUCUGAGCUCCCUGGAGGAGCUGCUUCCUCCGAACACGCGGGUGCUGCGGGUCUCCCCCAACCUGCCUUGCGUGGUCCAGGAGGGGGCCAUGGUGCUGGCCCGGGGCCGCCACGUGGGGAGAGGCGAGGUCGAGCUCCUGCAGACGCUGCUGGAGGCCUGCGGGCAGUGCGAGGAGGUGCCUGAGGCCCAGGUGGACAUCCACACGGGCCUCAGUGGCAGUGGCGUGGCCUUUGUGUGCGUGUUCUCUGAGGCCCUGGCUGAGGGCGCCGUCAAGAUGGGCAUGCCCAGUGGCCUGGCUCACCGCAUCGCCGCCCAGACCCUGCUGGGAACAGCCAAGAUGCUGCUGCAGAAGGGGCAGCACCCGGCCCUGCUGCGGACGGACGUGUGCACGCCGGGCGGCACCACCAUUCACGGGCUUCACGCCCUGGAGCAGGGCGGGCUGCGGGCAGCCACCAUGAGCGCCGUGGAGGCCGCCACCUGCCGGGCCCAGGAGCUCAGCAGGAAGUAGGGUCCCCAGAGCAGCCUGCCCCAUGCCCUCUCCCAGCCCUUCUGGAGGACGGGCUCUCUGACCCGCUGGAGCCUCGCGGCUGUGCCCUGCUUCCCACACGGGAACGCGAGGGGCAGGACCGGAGGGAUCCCUGAGCGUCCAGCACCUGGCACGGCGUCUCCUGGUGCCGGCCACCACCCAGGGGCCGUGGGCUCCGAGGCCUGAGCACUGGUGGUGCUGGUCAGGGGCCGCGGCCUGCCGCUUGGCAGAGGCAGGAGCAGAGCCCCGGGCACGGGAGCAGCUUGGGGGGUGGGGACAUAGGCAUCUGCAGGAGACCUGCUCCCUCAGUGAAGCCAGUCUGCCCUGUUAGUGGGGUGGCCUAGGGCCUUGAGGGGGACCUUGGGGCGGGCAGCGUCAGGGUUGGAAGGAUGGGCCUUGGCCAGUGGGGACCACACACCUGGCUUCAGCUGGCAGGGCCCUCCCCGAGACCCCGGGCUCCGGGCAAGGGGCAGGUGUCGCUGGCUCUGGUGAGCCCUCUCGGUCACGUGCUGAGGAUCCCUGGCCUGACUGCAGGGCCUGGCCCUCCCAUGUCCCUGAACAGACGAUCAGGCUGGGCACGCGGACGAGGCGAGCUGUGGGGCCUUUGGGGGGGUGCUGCCCCCAAGGCUCACUGAGGCCUCUCUGCACGCCAAGGCCCAGAGGGGGGUGCUCCCCUGGCUUCCACCGUUCCCACUGCCACCGACCAGCGAGGCUUCAGGGAAGGCACCCUACGCAGCAGCCCCCGCGCCUACCUGGUCUGCCACCUGCCAUCCAGGCAGCCCCAAGGGCAGUCCCUUCUCCCAGGCCUCCUGCCCCCAUUCCUGCCUGCCUUUGGUCUGACCCUGGCCUGCCCCUGUCAGAGGGUCUGCCAGAGUCCAUCUCACAGAGGCGGCUUCCUCUGCUGUGAAGGGAACAGAGUCGCUGGCCCGCAGCACGGAGUGGCCGGCCCAUACUAGCAGGAGGCGGGAAAGCCGAAUCCCAGGGCCUGGCAGCGCAUGAGUGACUCACGCCGUCACCCCCAGCACCCAGCCACGCAUCGCCUCACAGUCCUGGGGCCCAGGGUGGGCUCGCCCCGCAGCCACUCCCUGGAGGAGGCCCUUGGUGAGCCCAGCCCAGCUGGAGGACACAUGGAUUCAGGGGGCGGGGUCGCAGCCCGGUCCCUGGCCACCAGGUCCCCACUUGUCCCCCAGCGAACAUGGCUUUUCC